UUUUAUUUCUUCGUUUCGCUGAUCCCAAGUGUGCCCACAGCCACAGUGUCCUCCUUGAACACUUUGCAUCACUUACAUAUACGUUAGGGAGGGAGUGGUUGUACAAUAAUACGUGAUUUAAAGGCAUCAGCCAUCGUGCAUGGUAUGAAAGACGACCUUAACCUCAGAGAAGGAUUCCGCUCCAAUUACGUGUCUUAUACUAAAGUCGUCCAACAUUUUUCGUGUGCCAAGAGCUUCUCUUUUCGCUUGACUUACUGGCUGAACAUUUUGCUCCAAACGUGCUCCAUACGCUUUGAAAUUCUAUUUCUAGUUGAAUCUUAACAUCAGAAGGGUGUUGUAUGAGUCAAAAAAUAGAAAAGCCAGUACUGUCAGGUCAACGUAUAAAGACCAGAAAAAGAGAUGAAAAGGAAAAAUAUGAUCCCACUGGAUUUCGAGACGCGGUUUUGCUUGGUCUCGAUAAGGCUGGUAACGACCUAGAAGCGAUAUCCAAAUAUCUGGACACGGCUGGUUCCAAAUUGGACUAUCGUCGGUACGGAGAGGCUUUGUUUGAUAUUUUAAUAGCUGGUGGCCUCUUGGUACCUGGUGGUUCCAUAGCUCAAGAUGGGGAUAAACCAGUUAAGACGACAGCAUGUGUCUUUGAACAAGCAGAAGACAUGGAAUCCAUGCGGAAUUUCGAACAGGUAUUUAUUAAGCUCAUGCGGCGGUAUAAAUAUUUGGAGAAAAUGUUCGAUGAAGAAAUGAAGAAGGUGUUGGUAUUCAUGAAAGGUUUCACUCCGAAAGAAAGAAUCAAGCUUGCUAGGAUGACGGCCUUGUGGAUCUCAAAUGGUUCCGUACCACCAACUGUGCUCUCUGUUCUUAUUAACGAACACCUUGUUAAAGAUAAUCUAGCUUUAGAUUUCUUACUCGAGGUGUUUGUUACGUGGAAACAAGAAAAAGGACUUCCCAGUCUUAUGACAGCCUUAAAACGCGGAGGGAUCGAAGGAAGGUUAAUGGAAUUCGUACCACUGAAUAAGAGAUCCGAGGAAUACUUUCGAUCUGUAUUUGAGGCUGUCGAUUUGGCAGACAUAGUCAAAUUGCACAAGGCCCAAGCUAGCCAGGAAGCAAAACGUGAUCUGCAACAACUUCUUCUGGACAACUUGGCCGACAACCGAGCUAUAAAAGAUAUUGUCAUUGAUCUCAAGGACAUGGCUCUGAGAUGUGUUAUUCCAGAACAUGAAGUCAUUGGUUUGAUUUGGACUGUAGUUAUGGGUCAGGCGGAAUGGAACAAGAAAGAAGAAUUAGUCGCUGAACAAGCGUUGAAACAUUUAAAAAUUUACACUGCGCUAUUCGGUGCUUUCACAACCACUGCCAGAUCUGAACUCGCGCUCAUUCUUAAAGUUCAGGAAUUCUGUUACGAAAACAUGAACUUUAUGAAAGUCUUCCAGAAGAUAGUCUUACUCUUCUACAAAACCGACGUAAUUUCGGAAGAAGUGAUUUUAAAGUGGUACAAGGAGGGACAUUCUGUCAAGGGCAAAAUGCUGUUUUUAGACCAGAUGAAAAAAUUUGUCGAGUGGCUCCAAAACGCAGAAGAGGAAUCAGAAUCUGGAGAAGAUGAAGACUAAAUUAUAGCAAUAUAUUCAAACAACAUUUCCAGAACUCAAUACUUCAGUAUUCUGUCCAAGGAAUUCUCGAGCAAAGCUGUAACUUACAAAAUGAUAAAAAUUUGAGGAAAGGGAAAGAGCAGAAUAGAUAUCCUCGAAUUUUGUAAUCAAUUGGCAAAAAUCUUAUAUUAUUAGGAGAGAUGAAUUGUCAAUUUGAAAUGUUUCUGGAUCAUAUUCCUUUGAGAAAACAUAUUUUGUGUUACAAUUUUUAUAACUCCACUACAAAAUAUAUACAGAAUAACAAAACAAAAAUUAAAAAAGAUCAUGAAGGAAUUUUAUCCCUGUGUACGUACAAUUUUCGGAACCCGAUCUUACUUUGUAUGAUAAUUGUAUUAGUUUAUAAAAAAUAUACUGUCAGGUGGUGUUUGA